GCAGAGCUUUGGCACCCCCAUGGGCUCUCCAAUAUCACCGGUGAUAGCGGACUUAGUGUUGAGGAGAUUGGAGACGGUGUCCUUAAUGUCUGUGAAUUUGGACAUUCUAUUCUAUUAUAGAUACGUUGACGACAUAUGCACUGCGUUGCCCCCCUCUCAGAUCGACGUGUUAUUAGAGAGAUUUAAUGCAUUCCAUCCGCGCCUACAGUUUACCGUAGAGAGAGGCGGAAAAACGAUCAAUUUCUUGGACGUCACUGUGUCUGUCAACAAUAAUCGCUUUAAUUUCGAUUGGUACCGUAAACCAACGUUUUCAGACGAGGAGCCUUCGUAUAGAAAGCGUUUGAUUUCGGAGAUGCUACAUAUUAAAAAACAGAAGAACAGUCUUAAUUUACAGACUGACACCGAGGGUCUUAAUAAGGCAUAUCUGGCGAUUAUAAAUAGUCUGACUUCGACGAUUACAUCCCUAUCAUUGUCAUGGGUUUUCACACCUGUCAUGCAUUGCGGCGGUUCUCAUUUCCUGUUCGGAUGCGUUG